AUGUGCAAGCAUAUACUGAAUGCCCAAGUACAAGUGAGAGCUCCAUGCUGCAAGCAAUGGUUUGAUUGCCCAGAAUGCCACUCUGAAGCUGCUGAUCAUCCUUUAGUCAAAACCACUGAACUUGUAUUUGGCUGCAAAAAAUGCCGCAAAGUAUUUCGAAAGAGCGCUGAAGAUUUCGAUGAAUCUGAUGAGUACUGUCCACGAUGUGACAAUCAUUUUGUACGCCCUGCAGUAACUCCAGAGAACAAAGAAAUCAUUCAAACAAUGACAAGAUCGUAA